AUGUUUCGCCGUAACGCCGUAACUCUUGCCGUAAAGCGCGUCUUUGUUGUCGGCGGUCACAUCACCCCUUUUUUGGGGAAAGGUUCCCCUCUUUUUAUUGACAAGAAGCACCCGGACUUUGGUAAAAAGGAGAAUAAAACGCUGGAGGAGCUCCUGGCUGACGCCAUCAACGGCGCUCUAGAGAAGACCGGCCUACGCAAGGACGGCCGAGCUGCUCUUGUCGACAAGCUAGUGGUUGGGAAUUUCCUUGGCGAACUCUUCUCGUCGCAGGGCCAUCUUGGUCCGGCGGCAGUGGGGAGUCUGAAGGGUAGCACAGCCUUCCUGAACAAACCCGCAAUGCGUGUGGAGGGAGCGUGUGCGAGUGGUGGUCUUGCCGUGCAGGUGGCGUGGGAGGCCUUGCUGGCAGGCACUUCGCAGUUGGCAUUGGUGGCGGGGGUGGAGGUGCAAACGACGGUGUCGGCUCGGGUGGGUGGUGACUACUUGGCACGCGCCGCAGACUACAGGCGUCAGCGCAGUAUCGACGACUUUACGUUUCCGUGUCUCUUUGCGAAGCGCAUGAAAGCUAUCCAGGAGUCGCAACAUUUCACAAUGGAAGAUACCGCGCGUGUGGUGGCAAAGGCUUACGCCAAUGGCAACAAAAACCCUCUGGCACACAUGCACACACGCAAGUUAUCGUUGGAAUUUUGCACAAGCGCCUCGGACAAGAAUCCAAACUUUCUCGGAAACGAGACAUACAAACCGUUUCUUCGCAAUACGGACUGCUCACAGGUGAGUGAUGGUGGUGCCGCAUUGAUUCUGGCGAGUGAAGAAGGUUUGAAUAAGAUGGGGAUUUCCCCCAAUGACAGCUCCCUGGUGGAAAUCAAAUCCCUUGCCGCUGCCUCAGGCAAUCUCUACGAGGAUCCUCCCGACGCCACACGCAUGGUGACGUCUCGGGCAGCGGCCCAGCAAGCGUUGGCCUUAGCUGGCGUAAAACCAUCUGAACUGCAGGUGGCCGAGGUGCAUGACUGUUUCAGUAUCGCGGAACUUCUCAUGUACGAGGCCCUUGGUAUUGCCGACUAUGGCAAGGCCAAAGAACUUAUUCGCAACGGUGACACAGCGCUUGAGGGACGCAUACCCGUUAACACGGGGGGUGGUUUGCUUGCCUUUGGCCAUCCCGUUGGCGCGACUGGGGUAAAGCAAAUCAUGGAGAUCUAUCGGCAGAUGAAGGGUCUUUGCGGGGAAUAUCAGAUGAAGAACGUCCCGGCAUUGGGGGCCACACUGAACAUGGGAGGCGAUGACAAGACCGCUGUGUCCACUGUUAUUGCGAACAUUUGA